CUUUCUCCAAAAUCCCCCUUCGACCCCAACGACGGGAAAGAUACUCUACACAUUCUGACAUACAUCCGACGGUAAUUUUCAUCCUGUGCCAUCUCGAAGAAACCCUGGUCAACAUGUCUCGACCUGGCACUCCCUCGAUGCUAAUUUUCGACGUCUUGGGCACAGUCUUUGAAUGGAGAUUCUGCAUUGCGAACCAGCUGAAGGCUGCAGCAGAAAGGGCCCUGCAAGACCAGGCUCGCGAGAUUGCUGUGGAUGUGCGAGGCCGUGUCUCCGACCUAGCGCCCUCAACAUGGAAUGAAAUCACAGACGAGUGGCACCGCUCGUAUAUGAACUUCGGACGCAGCUUUGAUCCAUCCAAGCCCUUUGUAUCUGUAGACGAACACAACCGCGUCUCUCUAAGCAAUAUCUUCACCGACAGGCGUCUGCGGGAUCUUUUCAAUGACGACGAUCUCCAGCACUUGACUCUCUGUUGGCAUCGCCUCGAUCCGUACGCGGACAGUGUUCAAGGCCUUGCGCUGCUCAACACCAAGUUUCCGACUUCCACAUUGUCCAACGGUAAUGUCAAACUUCUCGAAGAUCUAGUGGAGCACGGUUCUUUGCCUUUCAAGCAUAUAAGCAGUGCAGAGCACUUCAAUGCUUACAAGCCAGCGCCAGAAGUCUAUCAUGCCGCUGCGCGCAGGUUCGGGUUAGAGACCUCGCAGUGUUGCCUUGUCGCUGCCCAUCUUCACGACCUGCAAGCCGCCAAAAAGUGCGGGUUCCAGACAAUUUAUAUCGAGCGACCUUUGGAAGAAGCUUGGGAUGCGGAACGCGUCGCCCAAGCUAAAGGAGAAGGAUUUGUUGAUUACUGGAUCGGCAUCGAAAGAUCAGGUCUUUUGGACGUUGCUCGGUAUUUUGGAAUAGAGACAGACGCGUAGGUCCAUGUCUUCGCCUACAAUACACCCUUUGUGCGCUGGUUAGAAUCAUAGUUGUCUUCUAGUUUUAUCGCCGCUCUUCCGCGC